AUGGCCUCCUGGAAGGUGGCUAUGGCUAUGGCCAUGGCCAUGGCGGCAGAGGCCUUCUCCCCCUCGUCUCUGUUCUCAGCUCACCAUGCCAACGUUGCCUCCUUCUCUCGCGCGGAGAAGUCUCGCUACUCCCUCCGCGCCCCUCGCAUGGUGGCGUCGCCGGCUGCGAAGCUUUCGACUGAGAAUCCUUUCCGACCUGCAGCUCGCAAGAUCGGCGUGCAGACUCAACUGCGAGAAGAGUGCCAGUUCAUGCUGCCCAAGGACGAAAUGCCGCUGGACAAGAGGAUCGAGAAGUACGUGGCGGACGGAGAGCUGCUGAAGAGUGAUGGAGACAUCAUCUUGAACUGGUGCCAGAACUACAAGGAUGCGCUAUCCAAGGCCCCCGCCAAGGUGGAUGAAGACAAGAAGUUCGCAGUCGAUGACUACUUUGCCACCCUCACCGAGCUGGUUCGUAAGGAAAGGAAGCGCCCCCACUACUUCGACAGCAACAACAAGGUGACGGGCAAGCACUACGAGCCGCACAACUAUCAUCACUCCGACAGCCAGUUCUUCAACUACCAGGCCUUCGGAAUCGACUUCACGAGGCCUCUGGUGGACUGGGACGAGACGAAGAUCGUCGGAGCACACAACCUGCAGAAGAUCAAGGCGCAACUCGAGGCUGGGGAGAACGUAGUCUUCCUGUCCAACCAUCAGUCUGAGAGCGACACUCACUGCAUCUUCACCCUCCUUGAGGACCAGCUGGGCCCGGAGUACGGCAAGAUCGCCUCCCAGAUCGUCUUCAUGGCAGGUGAGAGAGUCCUCCGCGACGCGAUCGUCGUCCCCUUCUCCCGCGGCUGCAACCUCCUCACGGUCUACUCCAAGAAGCACAUCGACUCCGAACCUGAGCUGAAGAUGGCCAAGAUGGGACACAACCAGAAGACCCUCAAGAAGCUUGGCGAGAUGUUCGCGCUGGGCGGAACCUGCAUGUGGUUCGCCCCGUCCGGUGGGCGUGACCGCCGCAGUGCCGAGACCGGCAAGGUCGAGUUGUCUCCCUUUGACCCCAACGCGAUUGAGAUGGUGCGACUGGUCGCUGAAGGAGCUGGUGCCCUCAAGAAGACUCAUUUCUACCCGAUGGCUCUCGCUACCCACAACAUUUUCCCACCCCCUGCUACUGUCGGAGGAGCCAUCGGCGAGGAGCGUCGCGUCAACUGGUGCAAACUCGGCCUGGCUGUAGGCGAUGAGAUCGAGGAUGAUUCCAUCGACCCAACGCUCGACAAGGCGGCGGCGAGGGCGGCGGCGAAGCAGCAGCGGGCGGAGCGAGCGGUGAAGGCGUAUGAGAGCAUGAAGGAGGGGUACGUGGCCCUGGGAGGCUACGAGCAGUAG